GCUCUGCUUCCUCCCCGCUUCGCCCAGGUGUCAAUGCCAUGCUCAGGAAAGUGGCGGUGGCAGCCGCCUCCAAACCCCACGUAGAGAUCCGCCAGGACGGGGACCAGUUCUACAUCAAAACUUCCACCACUGUCCGCACCACUGAGAUCAACUUCAAAAUCGGGGAGAGCUUUGAGGAGGAGACGGUGGAUGGACGAAAGUGCAGGAGUUUGGCAACUUGGGAGAAUGAAAACAAGAUCUAUUGCAAACAAACUCUUAUCGAGGGAGAUGGUCCCAAAACAUACUGGACUCGAGAAUUAGCUAAUGAUGAGCUGAUUUUGACCUUUGGUGCUGAUGAUGUUGUGUGCACGAGAAUUUAUGUAAGAGAGUAAAAACAUCAAUUUACUUGUCAUCUGGGAUGAAGUGUGAAAACCCCCAGUAUAAGGAGUAUCUGUGUGUGCUAUUACUAAUGCGGUAUUGUAUGUGACCAUGUGUGUUAUAUCUUGUGUGUUUUGCUUUCAGUUUUCAUUUCAGACACUAUCCCUUCCCACUUUGAAUGCCAUCAAUUUUCAUGUCUGCUUUGUAUUUUGUAGUUGUCACUUGCUAUGGUUUCCUCAGUUAUUAAACUUAUUGGGCAUAACUCACA